CUUCCCCGUCAUCAACUCACCUCCAUCACCUCUCCCAACCCGCCCCCUUCUCAACCACAUUUUCUCUUCUUUUUUCUUGUGCUUUAGCUCUGGAAUAUCUCUGUUAUAUUGAAUUGCAUCAAAACACUGCAAUAAUGUCCAACCCCUUCGACAUCAAUGGCGGUGCCUGUGUCGCCAUGGUGGGCAAGGACUGCGUCGCCAUCGCCUGUGACCUUCGCCUGGGCAUGCAGUCCCUGACCAUCUCCAACAACUUCCCCAAGAUCUUCAACUACGCUCCAUCCACCUACCUCGGCCUGACUGGCCUCGCCACCGACGUCAACACCGUCUCCGAUCUCUUCCGUUACAAGGUCAACAUGUACCGGCUGCGCGAGGAGCGCGACAUCGCACCGCAGACCCUCGCCAACCUAGUGAGCUCAUCGCUGUAUGAGAAGCGCUUCGGUCCCUACUUUGUCAGCCCUGUGCUGGCUGGUAUCAACCCAACAACGGGGAAGCCCUUCAUCUGCGGCUUUGACAGCAUUGGCUGUAUCGAUUUCGCCAAGGACUUCAUUGUCAGCGGAACAGCAAGUGACCAGCUCUUCGGUACUUGCGAGGGUUUGUGGGAGCCUGAUCUGGCCCCCGAGGACCUUUUCGAGACUAUCUCACAAGCGCUGCUUAGCGCUGUGGACCGAGAUGCUCUCUCCGGCUGGGGUGCCCAGGUUUACAUUAUAGAGAAGGACAAGGUUACCCAGCGGUUAUUGAAGGGACGACAGGAUUAGAUUUGGGGAAGUGGUUGUUUUGGGCUUUCCGUUGGUUUCAGGGCAAAUCCCGGCGUCUACGGUCUUCACUGGAUGAUAUGUGCCGUGUACGGUCAAUCAAUGACGGGGUAGCACAAGAACAACGUGAGAGCGGUCGAUACCUGAGCCGAAGGGCACUUUUUGUU